UGGUGGACAUGGGCAAAAUUCGCCCGAUUUCCCAACAAAUUGAUGAAUAAAUGCUUCGAUAAAGUCAUCUUCUUCGUUAUGAAAAAGGAUAAUUUUCACGCCUAGUAAUUCCGUAGACAUUUAUCUUUGAUCAAACUAAUCUUGCAGUGAAUCAAGGCAAUGGAAAACCUCAAAUUAAGUGAUCAAGAGUUGCGUUUUUACGCUGAACUUUUCGCCGCUUGCGAUUCAGAAAACAGUGGUCGGGUUCCCGGAGUGAGGGCUUCAGAGCUGUUUCUUACUUCAGGCUUGCACAAUGAAAUACUUUUUCAGAUUGCUGAAAUGUGUGGUGCUAAGAGAUUAGGUCAUUUUGGAAGAAGUCAGUUCUACAUCGCAUUGAAGCUAAUAGCUGUGGCACAAUGUGGGCUCCCCCUUGCAUUUGAAAGUUUCAACUUGGGAAUAGAGAUCCCAUUGCCGAAACUGACUCGCAUUUCCGAAGAUAGGAGACGGGGUAGUCAACCGGUGCAGUACUCAGUACUCAACCAGCCUGACCAGCAAGGGAUGAUCAGCAACGUCCAACAAGCAGGACAGUUACCACCUCCCCCAGGGAAGCAACACGUCCGAAGCUUCUCGGGGACGCGUCACGCGCCAAUGAAUGUCGUAACCAACGAACCUGUUUUAUCUACGAAUCAGAACAAUUCCCGAGGGACCCCUCCACAUGAGACGAGAUCACCUCCGUUCUCGCCCAAAGACAGCCCUGCAAAUUCUCCCGGGACGCAGAAACGUAUGGCCUCGUAUGUUAAACAGGUCUCAUGUCCGGGACAAGUUAUACAAACGACUGGUUUUGUCAAUUCUUCCUAUGAUGGAACAGGGCUGAAACUGGAGAAGGGCUGGGCGUCGUUUGAAGAGGAGGACAGCCAAGGUUUAAUUACAAAUGACCAGAAAGAAUGGGCCCAUUUCAGUGAUCAUCAUAAAGCUGAUACAUCAUCAAUAACAAGUUCGGAGGCGGAGAGCUUGGAUGAUAUCUGGACAAUAUCAGAUGAGCAGCGAGAGUAUUACGUCAACCAGUUCAAAGCAAUGCAGCCUGAUCUUACUGGAGUUAUUGUAGGUGCUACUGCCAAAGAGUUCUUUGAGAAGUCAAAGCUGCCCGUUCACGAGUUAUCAAAGAUUUGGACGUUAUCGGAUGUGAACAAGGAUGGAGCGCUAUCGUUGGAGGAGUUCUGUACUGCUAUGCAUCUCGUUGUGCUGAGAAGGAAUGAGAUAGAGCUACCGGAGAAACUCCCGCCAUCACUUAUGCCAUAUACUCCACUAGUUAAUUCAGAUGAGCCAUUUGCUGCUGACCUGCCCCCUGGUGGUACACUGAAGAGGCUGACCCCUGUCUCACCACAGCCUAAUCAGUGGACUACCACGUUUCCACCAGAGUCACCUUCUUCUAGUGCUGUGUCAUCACCGGGAACUAAGCCUGUUAGCUUUGAUUAUAAACCUGUGGCACAGGACCCAGACUCUAAAAUAAUUCACCCCGUUCCGAUGCGAAUGUCUCCAGACGGGAUGCCGAUACCUAUGGGUGGAUCGGAAUUCGACAGAGCAAGAACAUUUUCCGCGGAUCUUGAAGACCCUUCUCAAGAACAGUAUUCACAGCAGGAGGCCGUCUUGAGUCCAACCAAGCAGCGGUCAUAUACAAUAGAUGCCACGGAUGGAGAGGGACAUAAUAAAUACGCCGCACCACUUCAUGGCCGCCCGAGACCAACACCUAAGAAAGCACAGUCAGCGACUGGUGUUAGUUGUGAAAUGCCGGGCCAGCCUCUUUUACUCCCCCCCCCUGCCUCGUCAGUGAGUCAUGACGACACUAUUGAGUAUGAGCCUGACGAGCCUGUUGAACCCGCUGAGGCCGAACGGCCCAGUACUUUAUCUCUUGGUGCUGAAGCAUUACCCGCUGUCCCUCCGCGAGGUCGAGAACUUAGUCGGAGUGCUUCGUGUGAUUUUGAAAAGACGGCAACACCUGAAGCAGGCCAAGGUGGGCAGUUGGCUCCACCUCCUGCAGUCCCUCCCAGGGCCUCACCAAGAGAUGAAGACUUCCCUAUCUCAGACUUCUUGCCUGAAAUUGCCGUCAAACGCAAGUUGGUGGGGCAGUAUAGCGAGCCUGGUUGCAUAGGCAGUACCCUCGAACACCCGACCUUGGCCGACUUUCGACAGUUUGAGAGUGUGCCCGAAACUGGCGCAGAAUAUGACAUGUAUCAAGCCUCUGGGUCAAAAUCACUGGAUUCCUUAGACGCGGCGUCAGUAUUAGCCGGUGACCAGACUAGUCCAAAUGAUGUGCCAAGAGAACGAUAUGGUAGCGAAGAAGAUAUUUUAGCAGAAAAAGUCAAGUCAGGACGGCGAGUGAGCAGUGAGAGUAAACCAAGUAUCCAAGCUUCAAUACGCCAACAGCGCCAACGGAAUACGACGCUGGAGCGAUUAGCAGGCGAACUGAAUCAGGAGUUACAGGAGGUGAUGGAACAAAGAAUAGCAUUAGAGAUCCAAUUGGAACAUUUGAGGCCUUUUUCAAGCUGAUAGCACUCGUGAGGUAUAGAGACUUGUGAGAUACGAUUAUAAUACAGCUAAAAGCUGUAUGAGAAGAUUACACUUCCUCGGCUGUGAUAUAGCCUGCCCCCGUACUCUCUGCACCCACAAAAAAUGCUUCAAAUGAUGCAACGGUUUACGAAAACUGUGUUGAUGACUUGUUGCUGGUUACUCUGUUGACCCACUUCCAUUCACAGAUAUGCCUGUCUGAUGAUUAAAGGAAGAAGUCUUAGUUGGCAUAUAAGUGCUAUAUGAAGCCACCAUUAUCGUUAUGCAUUAAUCAUCAAACUUUGCAUCAUUUGAAGCAUUUGAUGUGAGUCGAGACCGGCACAGGCAUGGGCUAGCAGCGCCACAGGAGUCUAGAGGAAGACUUGAGGAGGUUGUCCUGUUACCAUAGCUUCUAUUGCAGUGGCUGUGUUCCUUACUCCAGCCAACUGGAAAUGCAGUGUUCUCCACCUGGUUCUGUUUGGAGGGUGGAAAACUAGCACUUGUGUGCUGCUCUGAUCAGAUAGUGCACAUACUAUGAGAAACCUUCUGGCUAGAUGGCACCAAGUAAAUAAGGUGAUACUAUUAAAUUCCAACCUUAACUUCGGCUGACUUCAAGUUGAUCUGAAAAUAAUCGGUAUUUUAACGUUAUAAUCCUAGUGCGGCAUUGCCAAUCAUGUAUCAAAUUAAUCAUAGAGGUGAGAUUGUAUUCCAGUCUGCAUGCAGCUAAAGGGAAGAGUCCUGGUCAAGAGAGUGAUUGCUUCUUAAUUUUGUGGAUCAACUUGGAUCAGCCGAAGUUAUGUCGAGUGCAGAUUUUUGUCGGGGGUGUUUAACCUGUUGAACUGUUAACCGAUGAUUUAUUAACAGUAUAGAAUAUCCACCCUGCCACAAGUAACUGUGGGGAACACUGUAACUGUGGGGAACACUGUAACUAGCUGCACACGCAGUGUUUCUUGUUAUGUUACCGUUUAAAAUGGUUGAGGAAGUACGAAUCUAGCAAUACCUGCAGACUUGCCAAAUUUGUGUUCAGAUGUAGAUCUACAGAUUUUUGAUUAUCCAUUUUGUAUGCCGCAUUCAGGCAGCCAUGGCCUGCAGGCUGCUGAGAGUUGACCAGUACUGUUAUUUGCCUCUGCUUCAUGAUGCUCUGUUAAAGGAAGACUAUAGGCAUGUGUCAGGGGUCCAUUUGGUGGUCUUCACUUGACUGGUAUAAAAACUUGACCUAUUUUCACUUGGUGAUAAAAAUAUUCCUCAUCUAAGCGUGAAUAGUGUUGAUGUAAUAUGUGAGGUUGUAGAGACUCCUUCUGGCAACUCUGUGUAACUUAAUCUGGCCCAUCUUCCUCCUGCCUGUAGUCUCCCUUUAAGUUAGAGCCGAUCAUUUCUGAGGAAGCCAGUCAUCAUAUCAUCGAACACGAAGUAAGAUUACAUGCUGUCAAAUGCAAUUUGAGCUCCUAAAGACUGAACUGUAAUAUAUUGCAUUUAAUAGUUGUACAGCUAUCAUGUAUAGAAAGGGUUAGUACAUACAUGUAGGCAGUGCAUCUUGAGGCCAAAGAUACUGGAUUUUAUGUGUAUCGUCAGAUCGCCGGUGUGUCAUUUUAGCCCAGCAAGAAGAACAGAAGGUGUUUCUACUGAAACUGAUGGUAUUACGAAUACAUCUGCAGUUAUGCGAUCAAUUUUUGCCUCAAAACAGAGUCGGAUUUGGUGAAGCAGUUUUUCAUCUUGUAAAUAGGAAUUUGUACAGUACUCCUUUUUAUAGUCACGAUUCAGUGCAACACUUGUGGGGUUGUUGAAGAUAUAGUUCAGGGCCGGGUCAUCGACCCAAACACGACCCCUUAUCUUACGCCAAUAUUCCAUUUUGAAUUCACUUCGUUUGAACAAAUAAAGGUGAAGAAAGAAGCUUGGUGGCUUCUGAUAGAGAUAUCGCCCAUCAUUCAUGACUUUUCAACUUUGAGGCUGAAUAUCAGAAUUACAAGUGUCUCGUGAAAUGUUCAAAUAGAUAAACCAUCUUUUCAGAACAAGAAUAUAUGUAAUCCCAACAUUGACCUAAACAUAAGACAGAUAUAGUGAAGUUGUAUUCAAAGUUGUAGGCCACCUCGCAGACUUGAAAUUUCCAAUUACAAUCAAAUAUCCCUUAGUGUACAGAGGUGGUUUAUCAGUUUGAAACUGUCUGUUCAGAUUAUUCAAACAUGUCUGGAAUUUACCCCAAAGUUUGAAAUCAGACUUGGUGUUUGAAGUGUGUACAUCCUCCCUGUCGUCUCCCUAUUGCUUCACGAGUUAGAAUUCUCUUUUUCCCUCGCGUUUAAAGAUGAGGUCAAAAAUCCUGAAUCUCUGCAUAAUUUUCAACAUUUUUAUCCUGCCGAGCAAACUAUCUCAAAAAAAGUUUGACUUUCAGUCGUGUAGUAAUGUUGACCACCCAAGCCAGGGUAAAGAUACCUUGACUGAUCAUGAUAAAAUCGGCCGCAUUUUGGAUAUUUCUAAAAAAUAUAGCAUCUAAUACCAUUAGCUCAAUUAGCAGUGUAGUUAGUUGCAAAGACGAGAGUUUGCAUGUAUUAACAUGGAUUCUUCGAAUAUUUUUGGUUUGGUUCUGGGGUGAGAAAUCCUGGAAGUCCCGUGUUGAUGAUGUUAGUUUCUGUUAUGUGCUAUUAGAUAUAAAUACAGUGCAGUAUGUGUGUUUUAUGUUGACAAGAUCUUUGAAGCCAUCCAAAGACUCUAAAGGGCCGUGUGUUCAAACGAUUUCUGAAAAUGAUUGUAUGCCUAUUCCGCUAUCUUAAAUAAAUCAGGGAUGGAAAAAUGAUUCUUGUGUUCUGUGUGGAGUUGGUUUGGCACCUUGUUUACGAAUCAUAUUUUCUGUGAAAAACAGAAAGAAAUAGCAUAGUCUGCCAAAAUAAUCGUGAAACUGAAUUGGCCUUGACUAUUUUGUGAUUCACAGCACAUCACGAAUGUACAGAUGAGCAACUGUAACUUUAGUGGAAUCUUGUUGAGAUCAGUUCAUUGUCUUCCUUGUGGGAUUCCACUCCUCACAGUCGCCAACUUGCUCCUCUUUUUAUUUUGUCUGGAGCUCUUUCUCAAGUGUUGAUGGAUCAACAUGGGGGAUUUUGCGGAAAGUCCUUGUUCUGGGGCACUGCAGGUUUCAUGUUUCACUGCCACAAGACGGCAGAUGUGAAUUUAGAAGAGGUUUUAGUUGUUUGUUGUUUAAGAAUAUUAAGUUCAGCCAGCCAUGAUAACAACAAUCCCACCAGCAGAUGCAGUUAACAUUUGUCAGGUAGAGUAUGAUUGGUGGCAGUCGCACCAAGGUUUGGUGGCGGUGACAGACGUCAACCAAUCAUGUUGAGGCUUGCAUGCAUUUGGGAAUAAGAUAGAGCAUGUGAUCUGCCAAGCCUUUGUUUGGUCAGAGGUGCCACAGGUUGUUUUGUCACUGAGUCGAGGUAUGUUAAGCUCUGCUGGAGAGGGUUGAGAAAGAUGGCAUUGCCUCUGUUUGUAGUAGAUAGUGACCACAACUUGUCAAAUGUUGUAUUGGUGGUGGCCCUCCUGGCUUAAAAACCAUCUGUAGAUAUCUUAUGCAAGGAGGGGCACCACCAGUGCAACAUUGAGAAUGCAAAAGGAGGCAAACAUUUUGACAGCAACAUGCUUGAAGCUGUAGGAAAUCAUUGUCGAGCAUUUGGUUACAAAAUGCCAUCUUCAAACUGUGGAAUGACUGGCUGGCAGUUGUUUAUAUUCUGUAGUGUCAUAUUACACCUGUAUAACAGAUUUUAAUACUUUGUCCUGCGGAUAAUGAGUUAGUUUUCACAGAUAACGUGUAUUUUGCACUCGGCCAAUUUGCACCAAACUGUUCUGAUCUUAGUGAAGUUACAUUGUUGUCGAGAUAUUUGCGUAUUUUAUUAAUUGAGUCAAAGUGAAUCAUACAUUGUACAUCAUAAACUCUGCUGCAAUUCAGUUUUCUAAUAGAUUGUGUGUAGACAAUUUCACAAUUAGUUUGCUUUUCGUCGACGAAAUACACAUUGUACUGGAGAAAAAACCCAGUAUGAGAUUGACUAGGUUAAGUUACCUUUGAUAGUUUUGCAUCUUGUUAUCAGAGUUUUCAGCAUUUCUCUGUGCUUCCAAUGAAAAACUCCAUAACAGACGCCUUUUCCCCUUUAAUCCCCUCUUGUCAGCGGGUAAACAAAAAGUGACAUCAUGUAGGCAUGCGCACUUGGCACCCCUUCCAUACCCUCACACAGCACAGUCUUCUAAACCUAUUCACCCCCAUAUCCCUGUUUGGACUACUCCAGUGAAUGCAUUAGAGUAGUCCAUUUAAGAUGGUGUGGGUGAAAGGUGAAACUUCCUUUCCUGUAGACACACUCCUGUUCAGACAUGAUUUUUCUGUGUGGCUCAAAGAAGAUUUUUGAGAAUUUUUGUUGAUACUCCAUUUUGUCUCUAAUUAGACAUUUCACUCUCUGCGCUUAAUAGAGAGAUCGUUAAAACUUGAUGAGACUCAAGCAAGAGGAUGUAGUCCCUCUGAUGUCAUUCAUUGGUGUCGUCAAUAGCAGAUUUGCAUGAGAGUUCGGCUCGAAUUUCUUGCAAUCAAUCCAAAGUUGCAGACGUUUUGGAAAACGAUUAUAAUCUGUGUGCAAUUGUUCAGUAGUUGUUGACGGCUUGCCCCAAUAAGAUGGUGACCCUAAACCACAAGCCAGUCGCUAAACCGGUGGAAGCCUGUAGGUGUGCAUUUCAGAAUUGACCCUCAUGAAAUUUGCCAAUAACUCAUAAAAUUGCAUCAUAUAAUAUUUCAUGGGUUUUCGAUUUAUGCAUAGACGAGAAUGUCUUAUAACUUGUAUAAAACUGUAAAGGAGUCUUGCUAUAGAAAAUCCUAUGUUAAACUGUUAUGUAAUUACAUUCAAAUAAACAUACCAAUCUGCUGUGAUGUAAAUCUCA